GAUUUUCAGCUGAGAAAGGAAGCAAGAAAAAGGAGCUGCGGGGGCAAAAGGAAGGGAAAGGAAAAGAAAAAGACCGAGAGAGGAGAGGAGAUUGAGAGAGGGAGGUGGCUGAGGAACAAAAGAAAGAGAAAAAACAAAAGAAAGGAAAAAAAAAAGGAGAUCAGAGGGAGGAAAAACCAGAAAAGGAGCUUCAUGGGAGCCAGGGUUGGAGGAGUGACUGGGUUCAGAUACCAUUUUUUUCUCCUUGUUGACCUCUUUUAGAUCUGUUCUGGAGUUCUGGAUACACCAUAGAUGUAGGUGAAGAGUUCUUGUGUUGGGAAAUUUCAGAUUAAAAGCCUAUAAGUUCGUCAAAUCUGGGCUCAAAAAUGCAGACCCAUCAGUUCUUGAGCAGCUUUUGCAGCAAAACUGGGUUUUUCUGCUUCUGCAAUUUCUCACGUUUUGGGACUCACUCCUGGUUUCAAUCUUCUUUCUACCUUUUAAGGUGCAAAAAGGUAAUUGUAAACAUAGCUACACGAAGAAACCCCAUCAUUACACGAUCACGUAGCCGAGCUUUGAGAAAUAGUGUAAACAUGAGUACACAUCCUAAAUCAUCCGAUAGGUUUGCAACGACGCCAACAGCCGACCUUGAAAAUCUGGGAGCUCAACUGAGCAAAGUAUUAAACAAAUUCAAUGACUUAAGUAUGGAGAUGACCGCACAACGGUGCGUGAUUGAUCAGUUGGUUGCUGGCAGCAGCAGCAGUGUCCAACAAGAUCUCUUACCUGCUAGCCAACCUGAACCUGAACCACUACCCCUACCCUAUACUCAAACCUCUUUUCCUCCACAUUUCAUAAAUCCACCUAAGGAACCUUUCACCUAUCCCACUUAUGGCCUCCCACAUACCUAUACAUCCAAUAUCCAAACCAAUCCUCUUCACCCUCAAAUUCCUCCAAAUUAUCUACCUGUUAGUCUAAACAUGCCAUUUGAAGCUCAAGGACCAUAUUAUUCCUGUAGACACCAAAUUUUUGGUGUAAUUUCAUGUCUUUUUUUUAUUUUUAGUUUUUUAUUUGUAUAGUGUUAGUUUUAUUCGCUUUUUUAGUUUUUAGUUUCUAGUUUUAUUUUUAUUUUUAAGU